UGAGUGGGUAUUAGGGUUAAAACUUGAUUCUUAACAGCUGGAGUAACUAUAAAACUGGACUCUUGCCGCCCUAUUCACUACAACUCUUGAGUCGUUUUUUUCUCUCAUCUUUCACUCCGAGUCUAUUAAUUAAGAAUUUUUGUGUGUUUUUAGAAAGAAGAAGGAAUUAGGGUUCCAUGGCCAAGUGUAGAUUCUCAACAGCUGAACAGGUGGUACAAUGGUGUAACCUCCCUGGUGAUGUUUUAACUAUCGUCCUUUCUCAUCUUUUUGGUAAAGAUUAUGCCAAUUUGCUAGCUGUUUGUCGUUCGUGGAGGUCAGCUCCACCUCCACUGAGAUCCAUCUCCAAUCCUUCUGCAAGUCCGUAUCCGUCUCUUUUCCACUUCUCCGGUAACAAUUCCAAGUGCAAAUUCUAUGACCCUUUUUACAAUGACACAUAUGUUGCUCAGAUUCCUGAUGAAUUGAUUGAUGCAAGAAUUUUCUUCUCCAACUACGGCUGGUUGCUCAUGUGUCAAGAUACUCGACUCUUUUUCUUCCAUCCAUUCACCAAUCAAAGGAUUGACUUACCAAACAUACAACGUCACACCUUAGAAGAGUAUGGCAGAAUGUGCUUCUCCACUCCACCCACUUCACCUAAUUGCAUGGUUUUCGGUAUUCUAGAUGAUUCUCCAACAGUAAGUGACGUAACAAUCAUUCAUCGAGGAGAAAGUUCAUGGCCAAACGUCCGUUACAAGACAAAUAAUGUAAGGUUCUAUACAUCCCAUGGUAAUCCUGUUUUCUACAAGGGUGCUUUCUAUUGUUUGGGCAUAGAUGGAAAAUUGGGCAUCUUCGACCCCAGCAAAAGGGGAAGGCGUUGUUGGAAGAUAAUUGUCAAGCUAAAACAUCCUUGUGACUCAAUUCAAGAGAACUUUUUAGUUGAGUCCAACGGAGAACUGAUUUCGAUCUGUAUGGGCCAUAUUGGAGAGUAUGUCAGGGUUUUUCGACUUAAUUAUCACUAUGAGAUUAGGUGGGAAGAAGUUCAAAACUUGGGAGAUGAGAUGAUUUUUGCUAGUCGAACAGGUAGUAUGUGCAUGCGAACUCAUUCUAUGGGGAAUACUAUAUAUUUUCCGAACUUCGACAAUGGAGGUAAUGGGCUGUUUUAUUCUCUUGCCUCACGUAAAUUUCACUCACUUGGGGUAGCAUUACCUAGAAAAGAUUUGUAUAAUACAAAACGGAUGUUACAUUGUGCUUGGAUUACACCAACCGCUUUGGAAGUUUAUAGGGACGAUGAGCUUAGAUGGUUUCCGAAUCGUGAGAAUUUUAUUCCUUCUAGCGGAAGAGUGACCGUCGUGGGGGCACCCCACACACAUCCCUCAUUUGUCCUCACAAAUCUUGAGCACUCGAACAAUCAACUCGUCUUUAACAUGUUCAAUACCUCUCACAAUGCUAAGCGGAUACUUGAAGUUCGCCAAAUGCGCACAGUAAAAUGUGCUUUCGGUUGGUUAUUUCAGGUUGACUGGGGCUAUUCGGAUUGUUUGUUAAUUAAUCCGCAAAGCAUGGAGAAGAUCCAUCUCCCUCGACUACCCAAAAUAUUCGAUCAAUGUGCAAUCUCAUCGUCUCCUAAAGAUCCUAGUUGUAUUGUCUUGCUUAUUGAUUAUUAUUCUUUUGAAAAUGGUAGUAGGGUCGAUUUUAUUUACUGUAGGCCUGGUGAGAGUGAAUGGACAAUUGUAACGGUGAGUUCCAGCUCGGAUGAAUCACAAAAUUCAACAGAUUCUGAUAAUGAGGAAGACGAGGAGGAAGAGGUGAAUUCUAGCUCGGAUGAAUCCGAAAAUUCAACAGAUUUGGAUUAUGAUGAUGAGGAGGAGGAGGAGGACGAGGAAAUAGAACCGAAGAUCCUAACUAAAGGUAGAAUCGCACAUUUAACUGGCUACCAAGGUAAGAUUUAUGGGCUAAUAGCUAGGUCAAACUUGGUGAAAAUAGAUUUUGAUCCAAUUUUUCAAGUGAAGUUUGUGAAAAGAGGUGUAUGGGUUAGAGUUAAGUUACCCUUAGCAACCUCCCUUGGAACCGUAGAUAAUAAGAUUUACAUGGUUGAAUCAUGUGACGAAAUUUUCGUGGUUCGAAUAAAUUUACGUGGUGAGUGUACUGAAAAUGCAAGCAAAAUUACAGAAGUGGAAGUUUUCAAGUUAAGUUUGACAAGAAAAAUAUGGGAGAAGGUGGGAUGCCUAGGAGAGAAUAUUGCUUUCUUUUGUUAUGGAGAUAGUUGCUGCGUUGCAAGCUCAUGCAUGGAGAAAGGAAAAGGAAACUGUAUAUACUUUAUCGAUUCUUUUCCAGAUGAUGAAAAUGUUUAUGCUUUUGACUUUGAAGAUGGGAGUAUUUCUGUUUCUUUGCCAUUUCCAGAAGUAGACAUGAAUGGUUUUGAGUGGACUGCUUUAACGUUAAGCUGAUCUAGUGCAUGUAGUUUUAUAGUUUUAUGUUUUAUGUCAUUAUUACUAUUUGUAUCUUAAACAUUAAUCUUUCCCUUUUUCUAUACAAGAACAACUAUGUUUUCUUA